AAUAUAUGUUAAACGCCAACACCGGGUUCAUAGCCAUAGGAUUGUUCAAAAUUUCCUUUGUCUACUUCUAACUUUCUCUCGUGAAUUUAACAUUUAAAUACAUUUCAUCUAAUUGAUAAAUCACGUUUAUAAAUCACGCUUAUAAAAUUUAAUUCGGUUACAUAAUUUUAUAAAUUCAUUUAUAAUUAAUUAGGCAACAUUAAUAAUAAAAUUAUGGCACUUUAUGAACUUGAUAAAUUGACAGAGAACGCGUCGUCAAUUAAUAACGAAGAAUUUACGUUAUAUGUAAGUGAUUUACCUGAAGAAUUAAAUGAGUGUGGUUUAUUACAAAUUUUCAACCAUUAUGGAGAAAUCAAGGGAUAUUUUUAUCGUCCAAAUGCUAAUUGGGCGUAUAUUACUUAUGAUGCAUAUUACAAAGCUGAAAAUGCUAUAAAAGAUUUACAUAAUAUACCACCAUUGCGUUUGAAAUUAUCAUUUGCUAAGGAAAAACCUACAAGUGUGAAAGAUACAAAAAUAUCUGUUCCUAAAGAUGUUACAGAACAAUAUGAAAAUCAUAAUGAAAUAAAUCUUGUAUUAGAAGAUAAGCAAUUGAUACAACCAAAAGGUCGAGGCAGACCUUUAGAUAUAUUUAAGAAGAUUGAACCAAAUCCAGGAUUACCAAAAUACUCGUAUACAGCAGAUAAUGAUUUGUUAUAUCCAUAUCCUUCUGAACCACAUAUAUAUAAUCCAUAUGAAAAUGCAGAACCUUAUGCAAGUACAAACACAUUGUGGACAAGAGGGCAAUUAACUAUUACUUCAACUGGUAAGAGGCAUGUUUCACUUGGUCGUGGUUAUACGAUGUAUGAAAUUCCAGAUCCUGAUCCUGAAAUUUAUAAUCACAUUAAUAAAGUAUAUGAAAAACGCAUUACUGGCUUAUAUGAAUAUGGCAAAGAUACCUUACAAAGUGCAAUUGGUAUAUGCAAAGUUUGUUCAAAAAAGACAAAGUAUACAUGUGAAAGAUGUAAUACCUUUUAUUGUACUAGAAUUUGCCAAGUGACGGAUUGGCCUCAACAUAAGAUUGAAUGUGAAGCUAUUCCAGCUUUAGUAACGACUAUGUAUUCUAUGCCUGUAUUACAAUCAAAUAAUGAAGAACAAACUCUUACUAAAAACGUUAUUAAUAGUCAGUUGCCUCUUCGACGACCAAAAAAAUUAAUAAACGCAAUAAAAAAUUCAAAUGAAGUUUUGAAUGUUGCUUCAGAAAAUAAAGAUAUAAGCAAUACAUUUGCAAAUAAUUACACAAGUGAUAAUGAUUCAAAAUGUUUAGAUAUUAAAACUAAUAAUCAAGGAAAUUUAUAUAAAAGCAAAACAGAAGAAACAAUAUCUUCUAAGGAAAGUAAGACCUCUUUACAUAAACAACCAAUUGAAAUUUCCAACAAUAAAGCUAAAAGUCUACAGAAAGCAGAUAACCAGGAAAAUGUUAAAAAAUGGCAAAAGUUUAAUGCUAGUAAUAUUCAAAUGAUGGAGAAUGAUAUAUCAUUUUCUAGAAAUACAUUUUUAUCAAAAACUAAAUUUCAAGAUGUAAUAAUAAUUAUAAAAGAAAAUCGUGAAUGUUGGAUUCAAAAGGUAGAAGAUCAGAGUAGUAUUGAAGAUUUAAUGACUGAGAUACAGAAUGAAGUAAAAAAGGCACAAAAGGUGGAACCAAUAGUUGGAAAUAUUUAUGCUGUAGAAUAUGAAAAUGUAUGGCAUAGAGCUAUAGUUACUUGCUUAAAUCCAGUAAAAGUACAUUAUAUAGAUUAUGGCAAUGAUGAAUUUGUUGAAACAAAUGAUUUUCGUAAAAUUGAUAAAUAUGUGGAAGUUCCAAGAUUGUGUGCUAAAAUUCGAUUAUCCCAAAAAGCAUAUGAAAAAUAUAAGGAUCUCAAAUAUGAGGAUGUAAUAAGUGUAAAAAUGAUAUCAGUUGAUUCUAACAAUGUUAUUAAUGUUGAAGUUAAAAAUGAAAAUGACAUAUUAACAUCAGAAGUAAUUCAGACAGAUAAUAAUUCAAAACUAAAUAGUUCAACUGUCGUAAAAGUUGAUGAUAAAAGUGUGAUUUCUCCCGAAAUAUCUACUAAUGAUAAAGCAUUAAUUUCUUCUAAUAAAAUAAAAAAUAUAGUAAAUACUAUAACUGUUGGAGAAAUUGGUAUUUUAGAAAUUCAUGCAGAAAUAAAGAAUAAUACUUACAGUAUUACAUUAUUGCCUAAUAAUGCAAUACCUGAUUAUGAAAAAUUAUUGAUCAAUUUGCCUGAAGUGUGUGCACAGGCAGAAGAAUGUUCAAAUCAUAGACCAAAAAUAGGAGAUUUAGUAUGUGGUCAAAGAGUUGAUGGAGAUUGGUUUAGGGGAUAUAUUUUAUCUCUACAACCAUCUUUAAAAAUGGCUAUAAUAGAUGAAGCUAGAAUAAUGUCAAUUAACAAAACUAUCAAAUGUGAUAACAAUUUUUCAAAUAUUUAUGCAUUUGGUGCAGUAUUGGAAAUAACUGAUGCAAAACAUAAAUUUAAUGAAGGUGAUCAGUAUAAAUUUAAAGUAACACCGCAAACAAUUAAUUAUGAACAAAAUACAGUUGAAAUAGAAAUUUCGAAAGAGCAAUUUAAGAUAAAAGCCAUUGUAAAGCCGUGGACACCUAUGCCUGAACAGAAAGGAUUACAGUAUGCUGAAUUGAAAAAUGGAUCUGAGGUACUCCUUACUUCUUAUCGAAGUCAUACACUUUUAUUUGUUCGUUCCUUAGAUACUAUAGAGUUGGAACAUUAUAAUCAUGUUAUGCAAAAUAUUGCAAAAUGUGCUCAAACAUCUCCAUUUUUAAAAGAACCACCAGUCGUGGGGCAAAUGGUGAUAGCUCAGUAUGCUGAUGAGAAUUAUUAUCGUGCAAUUGUUACUAAAAUACAAGAUGAUAAAAUUACAAUUUCAUAUGUUGAUUUCGGUAAUACAGAAGUUACAAAUAUAAAAAAACUUAAGAUUUUAUCUGAUAAUUUGAAACAGCUUCGAUCUUGUACAACGAAAGUCAUAUUAAAAGAUGUUUCUAAAGAUGUACCUAUGACAAAAGAAGCAAAUGAUUAUCUAGCUUAUUUAGUAGCAACUGAAGUUCCUCUAUUAUGUACAUUUGAUGGUAUACCUUCCCAAGAUGGUGUAUAUCUUAAACGUCAUAAUGAAAAAACUGUUAAUAAAAUGAUAAGCGAAUUACUUGUGCCAACAACUAAGGAAACUUGUGAAGAAGAUAAAACAUGUUAUAUGAUGGAACAUUUAAGUAUUGUUGAUUUAGGAAAAGUUGGUGAUGUUGUUGAAGGACUUGUAUUGUAUUCUGUUGAAGAUGGUUACAGAUAUGCAAUAUGUCCUUUAGAUUAUGAUCUAAUGACACAUGUUUUUGACAUAAUGCCAAAGAAGAUAACUACAUUUUGCGAAACAACUAAUUAUUAUAUUCCACGUAAAAGUGAACUUUGUCUUGCUCUUUAUGGUGAUAAAUGGUAUCGUGGUGUGUGUUUAAGUCCUCGCUAUUCAUCUACAACAAGUAUUGUAUUCUUUGUCGAUUUUGGAAAUACUGAGAUUGUUAACCAUAAAGAUAUACGACUUAUGCCAAAAGACUUUAUAACUCCAUGUGCACUUGCAAAUAUUUGCAACAUUGUCAAUAUUGCACCUACUGACAGUAAUGGACAAUAUUCUUCUGAAAUAAAAAAACGAAUUUCAGAAUUAGUUAUUCCUGAUGAUUUUAUCAAAAUAAAAAUUGUUGAUUGUGAGCUGGAAUCCAAAAUAUAUAAUGUGGAAUUACCAUUAGUUAAAGAGAAAUUAAUUGAAGAGGGUUUAAUAUCUUCUUGAAAGAAUACGCAUAAGAUUAUACGAUUAUACAAAAAAACAUUCUUUUUUUAAUUAUUAUGCUUCUUUUUUAAUUUUUAUUAAACUUAAAACUAAGAUAU